AUGCAGAACCUAAAUGACCGUUUGGCUUCCUACCUGGCUAAAGUGCGUGCUUUGGAGGAGGCAAAUGGCGAUCUUGAAUUAAAAAUCAGAAACUGGCAUGAGAAACAUGCACCCCGCACUGACGGGGGACUCCAUGACUACAGCAAAUAUUACGCCUCCAUGGAUGACCUGCGAAAUAAGAUUAUUGCUGCAAAUGUUAAUAAUGCCACAGUUACACUGCAGAUAGACAAUGCCAGGCUAGCUGCUGACGACUUCAAAAUGAAAUAUGAAAAUGAGCUGUUCCUUCGCCAGAAUGUGGAGGCAGACAUAAAUGGUCUUCGUCAAGUUCUGGAUGAACUGACUCUAUCCAAGAGCGACCUAGAAAUGCAGAUCGAAAGCCUGACGGAAGAACGGGCUUUCCUCAAGAAGAACCACGAAGAGGAAAUAAAAAGUUUGCAAGGCACAACUUCUGGGGGUGUUAAUGUUGAAAUUAAUGCUGCCCCGGGAAUUGACCUGACCAUGCUUUUGAACAAGAUGAGAGCAGAAUAUGAGGCUCUGACAGAGCAAAAUCGCCAAGACGCUGCAAAUUGGUUCAAUGAAAAGAGUAAAGAAUUGAAUAUGACAAUCAGUGUGAGUACCAAGGAGACCAACACCAACAAGAAUGAGAUCGCUGAACUGAGACGCACCCUUCAGGGUUUGGAGAUAGACCUGAAAACUCAACUUAGUUUGAGGCAUUCGCUCGAAGGCACGCUGGCAGAGACGGAAGGCCGCUACUGCGCCCAACUCUCCCAAAUGCAAGGGCUGAUCAGCAACAUGGAGACGCAAGUACAGCAGAUCAGGGAGGACAUGGAGUGCCAGAAUGCAGACUACAGGAAACUCCUGGACAUCAAGAUCCGCCUGGAGAAUGAGAUCGAGACCUAUCGGAGCCUGAUUGAUGGAGAGGCAAGGUAG